CUGGAAUGAUUUGUCCACACAUCCUUCUCUAGGGUGAGGCUACCUCUGGGUGAGGAAACACUUGCAUGUCCCUCACUCAGAUGUGGCCAAGGCAGGCCUGAUCUCUCCUCUUCUUCUGCCCAGGGAGUAGAUAAGCCAGCUUCCACUCGCUAGUCCACUGAUGUCACAACAGAAGCAGGAAUCCUGGGAGCCCCCUAGUGCUCCCAAAUGCUCACCUCGACAGUGCCCAAACACCUCCCUGGCUCCCUGCUCUGCUCCCUGCUGUGACCUCUGUUCAGGAGGCUACAAUUCUGGUUCCCAAAAGCCCGGGGAGCAGAGCCCUGGCAGCUCUCAGAAGGCUCACCACAAGAAGCCCCGCUGCCUCAGUGGUAGCACAGUCUACCACAUCAAAGAGGAGGAGUGCUGAGGACAAGAAGUGAUUGACACACCCUAA